AUGAAUGGAAAUUGCAAAAACUGUAUGUUAUGCUUUCGUUCUAUUGUCCCUCCACACACUGGUGUUGCUGUUUGUGAUGAAUUAGCAAGAUGCAUAGCUGAUUGGGAUCUUGGGAAAAAGUUGAUGAGUGUCUCAGUUGAUAAUGCAAGUUAUAAUGAUGUUGCUGUGAAUUUGUUGAAAGCUAAUCUAAAUUUGAACAAUCAGAAUGCACUUGUGCUUAAUGGGAAAUUAUUUCAUGUGAGGUGUUGUGCACAUAUUUUAAAUCUCUUGGUUCAAGAUGGGCUUGGUGAAAUUAGUGAUAUAGUUUGCAAUGUGCGUGCAAGUGUGAAGCAUAUCAGUAAAAGUGUAUCUCGUCUUACUAUGUUUAGUGACAUUACUAGGCAAUUAAAUCUAUCAAAUAAAAAGCUUGUUCUUGAUGUUUGCACAAGAUGGAAUGCUACAUAUUACAUGCUUCAAGCCACUCUAGAUUUAAAGGAUGUCUUUCCUAGAUAUCAACUAAGAGAUUCAAACUACCAUUACUUGCCAUCAGAAGAAGAUUGGAGUAAAGUCCAAACUGUUUGCACAUUUCUUGAAGAAUUUCAUUAUGUUACAAAUGUUAUUUCAGGUUGUGAGUAUCCUACUUCAAAUUUGUUUCUCCUUGAACUCACAACUGUGAAGAAAGCUUUGUAUAGACAUGUGGAAGUGGAUGAUGUUCCAAACAAAAUGAGUUUUGUUCGAUCAUCACUUUACAAGCUUUAUAAUGAGUAUGUGGAAGCUUUCAAGGCCAAGAGUGACAUAGAUACUCAAAAUCAACUUUCUGCUCCUACAACUUCUUCUUCAUCCAGUGCUAGUGUUGGUAGAUCAAGAGGAAGGGCUGAAUUUGAUAAUUUCACUAGAAAUGUGGGUUCUUUUCAAUUGAUAAAGUCAAAAUUAGAUGUGUACUUGGAAGAAGGUGUCCACAUACACAAUGAGAGCAUUGAUCCUCCAUUUGAUGUCUUGGAGUGGUGGAACGCUAAUUAUUUGAAGUUUCGGGUUUUGUCAAAGAUGGCUUGUGAUGUUCUAUCCAUACCAAUAACCACAGUACCUUCUGAGUCGGCUUUUAGUACGGCCAAAAGAGUUAUUGAGUCGCAUCGUGCUUCAUUAGCACCGGCUACAGUUGAAGCAUUGAUGUGUGGUGGAGAUUGGUUGAAAGCUUAUUAUGGGAUUCAAAGAAAAGAAAAGGUAAUUAUGCUUUUGUCAAGAUGCUUAGACUUGUGA